GCGAUGGAUUUCGCUUGUUUUGACCCUUCUACGGACGACAAUCUGGUGCCCGAGCGGAUCUCCUACCGACUGGCCGUCGAUGACGAGUCGUCCGUCACUCUCGCGGCAGCCUUCUCAGCCAACGGGCACCUCGUCGCCACGGCAGCCGUCACCAACACAGAGGACGCAGCCAAACCCGCAAGCGGCCACGAAAGCAGCGGCGCCUCCUCAUCGAGUGCUGCCGCCAAUGGCCAUUUCCUUCAUGCACUCGCCGGCAGCGGGAGUGUCAUUCAUCUCUUCUCGGCGGCCAUCCGCGAGCACGUUGCCACCGUCGGCAGUGUGCCGUUCCGCGUCACGCAUCUCACAUUCGCCGACCAUGACCGCACUCUCAUCGUCUUCGGACCGGAGGCAGUGCAAGUGAUAGAUCUCAUGCGGCAGGAGGAGGGCGGCCACGCACACGACAAGCCAAUGCGGCUGCCGGGCGACAGGCGGCUGCGGGAGCACCGCGACUCGCCGCGCGUGGCCUUCCUCGACGGGUCGAGCCAGGAUGGAUACUAUCGGUUUGUCGUGAACCUGACCGACGAGGAGACCACUGGGCCGCAUGUGCUCAGGGUGGACGUAGUGAGCCGCGCUGUGAGACUCUCGCCCAUCCUGGACCCCUCAAUGGCUGCCAAGUACCGCAAAGACAGCAAGGGCAAGGAGGCUGCCCGGUCGCCCACCGAGUGGCCCUUUGCCGUCAUUCGCAAGAGCAAAACCGACGCCCCUCCCUCCCCGGCACACUCCCCCUCCCCCUCUCCCUCUCCCUCCCUCUCCCCCUUUCAGCACAAGAGGCCCUACCCGCCCCUUCUGCCCCCUCCCUCCCUCGGCGAGCCGGCGAUCGUCAUCGCAGCGCCGAACAAUACCCUGCUGGCCUUCAACUCUGCUCUGCAGCUGGCCGGGAGGCUGGCGAUGGGUCGCAGCCAGUUCGGGGGCAUCUUCCAGCUGUGUGCGCACGAGCACGGCGAUAGCGACGUGCUCGUGGCCAUCGAGCCCGAGAUGGUCGUCUUCAUCCAUCUGACCUACCCUAGGUCAGGCGACGGAGGAGGGCAGGAGGACGGCAAGAGCAAGAGCGGCAAGAGCGGCAAGAGCGGCAAGAGCGGCGCGGGCCGCAGCCAGCAGGGCGACGCCAACCAGCAACAGCCGGAGGAGGAGGGUGGCGACGUUGAAAUGAAGAACGCCAACAACGGCAACGGCAAGGGCAAUGACAACGCGAAUGAGGACGAGAACGAGUCGAGCGAUGGUGAUGGUGAGGAGGGGGAGGAGGAUCCCGAGGACAUGACUGGCGAGAUGGCGUUGAAGUUCCUGGCGCGGCAGCCGCCGCCCUCGUCGGGCGACAAGUACGUCACGGGCUGCUUCAGCCUCUUCCCGUGCCUCAGAGCUGUCGCCAUAUCGGCAUACUCGUCGGUGAGGGAGGAACAGGCUCACGGAUGCGUGCUGUGAUGUGAUGUGAUGUGAUGUGCUGUGCAGAUGAACAUAUACCGUAUGUAUGUGUAUGACGUCGAAAGCCAUGAGGAGCACCACCGCCUCAAGAAACUCGAAGUAGACACCACCAAAAUCGGACUCGUCACACGGGUGGGUCAGUGGGUGGGUGCGGUGCGUCAAAAAUUCCACUCACACAUACACAACACAUCAUGGGUCGCUGUGUGUGUGUGUGUGUGUGUGUGUCAGAUCUGUUGGUGUCCUUAUGAGUGCAAGCUGCUGAGCAUGACGACCGAGGGCUCGGCACUCCUGUGGCAGCCAAGACACCGAGACUCCUGGGCCAACUUCAUCGCCGGUAAGUGGAGGGCAUGCAGUUGGCAGCCGACAGGCACAGACAUACAAACCGUCGCUGUCUGUCUGUCUGUCUGUCUGUCGGUCAGGCUUUGUGCUGACCGAUCGCAAUCGCGAAUACGUAGAGGUGAGGAUCAAUGUUGGCGACAUGUGUGUGCAUCAAAGAAGGGUCGUUUCUGUUGCGUCCGUCUGCCUGCCUGCCUGCCUGCGUGCAGCGGGAGGAUGAGUUUGACGACCCUGUGGCGGACAUCGAGCGGCGGGAGAGGGAGGACGCCAUCAAGAUUAAAGAGCAAAGGGACGCCAUACACGCACAGAUCAUGCAAAUGCCCCCCGACAGGUACGCAUUCACGCGCGAUGGUUUCGGACGGGGAAGGUGGCCCAUCCCGUGUGUCUGUCUGUGUGUGUGUAUGCGUGCAGCCGUCCGUUUCAGCAGCUGCCUGCUGCCCUGCCCCUAAACGACGAGUGGAUCAGCCACACCGUCCCGCCAAAGAUCCCAGAGUACGCACCUCACACCAUCAAACACACACACACCUGCACAGUUCUCCCCCUGCUUACUUGCCAUGUGUGCCGUGCAGCUACCCCUUCCUGGACAUCGAGAGCGUCUGCUUCCCCGCCCAAGAGCACAUCCCAAACACGUCCACAUCACCCGACGACUCGUCAUCCCUCACCUCCUCGCCGCCCCGAGGGCGACGGGCACACCGUGACGCUCACAGCCACAGCCAUGGCGCCGACAAGAAGAGGAAACUGGUAUACAGGGGUGAGGUCGAGGGGCCGACCAUCGAGAGCCGCGUGACGGAUAUCGCCCCCGGGCCGCUAGUCGAGUAUUUCGGCAAGGUGGUGGCGGAUGCGAGGAGGUGGGGGUUUGGGUAGAUAGGUUCGGUAUGGUAGAUGCUUGUGUGAAUAGCUGAGCGGUGCCUGCGUGAGAUAUCAAAUGAUGCACAAGGUUGGUGGGAGAUGGACGGAAUCUAUGGGCCAUUUAGUCUUGUCACGGCCAGUCGGGCUGUCUUUCAAGAGCUGCUGUCUAUGCUUCGCUGCAUUUCUGACCCACAGAGGCGCAGCUACAGGUGGCCAGUAGCAGUUCAGAGACAGCCAGAGUGGUGAGAGCAAGGGAUAUAGAGACACGUGUAAAUGAAAAGCUUCUGCUACCCGG